AACACUGAGCUCAUGUUGCAACUUUUCGAGCAAGUCGAAACUUGUCAACUUGUCAAUCACCCAUUUUUCUCUGUGGAAAGAAGUUUGUGAACGUUCUUUAUCAGCUGGGUUAAAGUUCUAUUUACUCAUUUUACUCUUUGAAUCUGUGCCUCAUCAAUCUCCUUACCGUAUCAAAUUCACGAAGUCUGUUAGUGUGUCGGAAGAAUUCUACUUUCACUCUUUUCUACAAGCCUACAAGAGCCUUGUAUUCAAAAUGAAUACUGGUGGCUACCAACUUUCUGAAGGCGCUCUCCAGACCAUCAUGAGUGGCGGAGACUGCCAUGAACCAAUCAUGCAAAUUUUGGGUAACAAGAAAAUUGCUGGGAAUGCAGCAAGCGAACGCUACAGGAUUCUCAUUUCUGAUGGAGUACAUUUGAAUAGUUUUGCCAUGCUUGCUACGCAGCUCAACAGCCAAAUCACUGAUGGAACGUUAGCUGACUUUUCAAUUAUCCGGAUGAAUCGACAUAUUGUGAGCACUAUCAACAACUCUGGCAAAGCGGACAAACGAGUGCUGGUAAUCUUGGAUUUGACCGUUCUUGUGAAUGGCGCUGAAGUGAAAGAGAAGAUCGGAAAUCCAGUGCCACUGCAAGAAGGUCCAGGAUCUGCCAAUGGAACCACUUCAGCUCCGGCAGUUAAUGGUCACUCAUCAACAGCUCCAGCACCAUCUAAUCAAGCUACUGCACCGCGUAGCAUUGGUGGAAACAGAAGCGUUGCCAGACCCGAUUUGAAUCAGUCAAUCGGUGGCACCAGUGCAACUACAAAAAUUGUUAGUCUUAGUCCGUAUCAAAAUCGUUGGACUAUCAAAGCAAGAGUAUCAAACAAGGCUGGCAUUCGAACAUGGUCAAAUGCCAGAGGUAAUGGCAAACUGUUCAGUGUGGAUUUAAUCGAUGAUACUGGAGAAAUUCGUGCGACUGCAUUCAAUGCAGAAUGUGAUAAAUUUUAUGAUAUGCUUGAGAUGAAUAAAGUCUACCUAAUCAGUAAAUGCGCUUUGAAACCUGCUAACAAGAAAUUCUCAUCAUUGAGUCAUGAUUUUGAAAUGUCAUUCACUCGUGAAACGGUUAUUGUUCCGUGCGAAGAAGAAGAUGAGUCCAUCCCAGCAAUUUCAUACAACUUCAUACCACUGAAUAAGAUCCCUGAAAAGGAACCAAACACAAUUGUCGAUGCCAUUGGUAUUUGUGUUUCUGCAUCAGACGUUCAAAAUCUUGUUGCAAGAACUACUCAAAGAGAACUUCAGAAAAGAGAUGUAUCUAUUGUCGACCAGACAGGAACCAGAGUAGACAUAACAUUAUGGGGAACGCAGGCUGUGGAAUUUGACCCCACCGAUGAACCAAUUGUUGCGGUAAAAGGUGGGCGAGUAACAGAAUAUAGUGGAAGCCGUUCCAUUGGUUUGCUGGGUAGCUCCUCACUUGUACUGAAUCCUGAUAUCCCAGAGGCACAUCAACUCCGUGGCUGGUACGAUACACAAGAAGCCCGCUCAAUGGAUUUCAGAAAUGUGUCUGCUCGGACUGGUGCAGGUGGUGCAGAUAAUGGAUCAAGUGAUAUCAUUUCUCUGCGAGACUUCCGUGACAAACAGCUUGGAAGUGGAGAUAAACCUGACUACUUCAGUAUUAAAGGCACUGUAACUCAUGUGCGCCAAGAAAAUGCUCUUUACCAAGCUUGUCCUCUCGGAGACUGCAAGAGGAAAGUAGUGGACCAGAAUAACGGGUUCUUCCGCUGUGAAAAAUGUUGCAAAGAAGUGCCCAAUUAUAUUUGGAGGCUUCUGUUAAACGUGCAUGUUGUUGAUUGGUCGGGCGAAGUUUGGAUUACACUCUUUCAAGAGACUGCAGAACAGCUUCUCGGAAUGACAGCUGCUGAAGUGGGUGCUGUAAAGGAAGAGCAUAACGACAUCAGUUCCUGUUUCAAGAACAUUAGAUUCUCAGAGCACAUUUUCAGACUACGGGCCAAACAAGAAACUUACAAUGAUGAAACGCGAGUUCGAGUUGCUGCUGUUACUGCAAAAGCACCAGACCGCAAGUCUUACUGUGAUUACCUUAUAAAAGAAAUCAAACAGCUUGCAGGCAUUGGCGUUGUUGUGGCCUAAAUUUUGAAUUGAAUCGUUUAUUCCAUUUCAAUGUUUCUGUCCUCUUUUUUUUCUACAUUCAUGUCUGUUUAGUCAGUUCCUGUUCUCUUUAUUAGGACCAAAAGUAGUCUUUUCUGCACCGUACCUCAUCAAAGAUAUUCAGUAGAAAACUUUUAAAAUGUGAUCUAAAUUGUUUUUUAAUAAUUUCUCUUAUGUCUGUAUCUAGUUAAAGUUUAACUGGUCUUCAUCAACAAACCAUUCAAAUAAUCGCAUGCCAGCAUUUAAAUAUUUCUUGCAUUUUUUGCAUAGACGUGCCUGGAUUAUUAGUAUUCAUGAUGGUGAUGUUUUUCGAGGGAGAAAAAUCCUCAAAAUUGCACGAGUCUUCAUCAUCUGAUACCAUUUCCUCAUAAUUAAUCGUAUCUGUGAUAAGGGACCUUAUCUUUGGGAGAAAAUUCUUCUCAACUCUUCAUUGAAGUAAGGAGGAACAAAAUUUUUAAAGUUGAAGGAGGUCUUGGUCCUGAAGUUCCUAGACAAAAGUUCUUUGGUUGUAGAUGAACUUAGUGUAAGUGUUAGCAAAAAGCAUAGGGGAACUCUCUCCUGGAAGACAAGGUCCCUUUUCCUCAAUCCAAUCACAUUUUGUUUUAAGGAAUUUCUAAUGCCUGAAUUGUGAGUCUUUUAUUAUAAAAUGUAUCAACUUCGACUCUUGUGUUGAUACUUUUUCCUCUUCAGUAAUUAGAAUCUAUAUGUAUUAAUCUGUGAGCUCUUCAACUGAUCUUUACCCAUUGUAAGCUUGUGUGGUUACUAUAUUUUUCUAUAUUUUAACGAUAUUACAAUAAAUGUAGGUUAUUCUUA